AUGAUCCUCCGAAAAUGGCACACAAAUACCGACACUAAUUUCAAGUUCAAGGGUUGUGAAACCCGAUACUUUGAACUAAAAAGUCAGAGAAGCCGUGGCAUGCCCGAGUCAAAAUCGUUUUCGUUUAAAAUAGUACUUCUGGGCUCUGGUUCUGUAGGAAAGUCUGCAAUCGCCACGCGAUAUGUCAAAAACACCUUCUUGGGAAGAUACGACCCAACUAUUGAAGAAACCUUUUCGAAGACCAUUGAAGUCGACGAGAAGCCUGUCCAGUUAGAAAUAUACGACACUGCAGGGACUGAACAGUUCAGAACACUUCAGGACUUGUACAUGAAGGAAGGUGAUGCUUUUGUGUUAGUCUUUUCGUUGCAGUCCGUCUCGACUUUCAACGACCUUUCAAGCUUCCAUGAACACAUCUUGAAUGUCAAGGCAUCGAUGAAACAGUUGAACGUUCCUAUCCUCAUUGCGGGGAAUAAGUGCGACUUGGAUGAUAAAGACAAAACAGUCUCGGCCGACGACGCUAAGAAGUUCGCAGAGGAGCACAACUGCACCUUCAUGGAGACUCC